GGUUCUGCCUCCAUGGAGCGAGCUGAUGCGCCGUGUUCAGAACUUGCUAAGGCCAUCAAACCUAUCGAUCGGAAGUCAGUCCAUCAGAUUUGUUCUGGGCAAGUGGUUCUUAGUCUAAGCACUGCUGUGAAGGAGUUGGUAGAAAAUAGUGUGGAUGCCAGUGCCACUAACAUUGAGCUCAGGCUUAAAGACUAUGGGGCGGAGCUCAUUGAAGUCUCAGACAAUGGAUGCGGGGUAGAAGAAGACAACUUCGAAGGCUUAACUCUGAAGCAUCACACUUCUAAGAUUCAGGAGUUUGCUGACCUCACUCAGGUGGAAACUUUUGGCUUUCGGGGGGAAGCUCUGAGCUCACUCUGUGCACUGAGUGAUGUAACUAUUUCUACCUGCCACACAUCUGCGAAGGUUGGGACUCGACUGGUGUUUGAUCACAAUGGAAAAAUCCUCCAGAAAACCCCCUACCCACGACCCAGAGGGACGACAGUCAGCGUGCAGCAGUUAUUUUAUACGCUACCUGUGCGCCAUAAGGAGUUUCAAAGGAAUAUUAAAAAGGAGUUCUCCAAAAUGGUCCAGGUCUUACACGCCUACUGUAUCAUUUCAGCGGGUGUCCGUGUAAGUUGCACCAAUCAGGUUGGACAGGGUAAGAGGCAGCCUGUGGUGUGUACCAGUGGAGGCUCCAGCAUGAAGGAAAAUAUCGGAUCUGUAUUUGGGCAGAAACAGUUGCAAAGCCUCAUCCCUUUUGUGCAGCUGCCCCCUAGUGACACUGUCCGUGAAGAAUACGGGCUGAGCUCUUCCCAGGCUCUGCAUAACCUGUUUUGUAUCUCAGGUUUUAUUUCUCACUGUGCUCACGGCGCGGGAAGAAGUUCAACGGACAGACAGUUUUUCUUCAUCAAUCGGCGGCCUUGUGACCCAGCAAAGGUUUCCAGACUUGUGAAUGAGGUCUAUCACAUGUAUAACCGGCAUCAGUAUCCAUUUGUUGUUCUUAACAUUUCUGUUGAUAUGGAAUGUGUCGACAUCAACGUUACUCCAGAUAAAAGGCAAAUUUUACUACAGGAGGAGAAGCUUUUGUUGGCAGUUUUAAAGACGUCUUUGAUAGGAAUGUUCGAUAGUGAUGUUAACAAACUCAACGUCAGUCAGCAGCCGCUGUUUGACGUCGAAGGUCACUUAAUAAAAAGGCAUUCGGCAGAGGUGGAGAAGCCCGUGCCAGGAAAGCAGGAUGAUCCCGCCCCGUUAAGGACUCGCGGGGAAGAGAAAAGGGCAGCGACCAUUUCCAGACUGAGAGAGGCCUUUUCCCUUCGUCACGCAGUGGAGGACAAGUCUCGGGGUCCGAAGGCCACCGCCCCAAGACGGAUUUCUCCACGACAGAGAAGCAGCACCCCAUUUCCUAGCGCUUCAGGGCCCCUCUGCUCCUGGAAUCACAUCUCUGAACCUCGGGAGGAAGGGGUGACUUCCACCCAGGGGCCCUGUGACCCGAUGGGCAGAGUGGACACGGAGGAGGGCUGGGGGCACAGCAGCGCAUCUGCCGGCUCUGAGGAGGGGUCCAGCACCCCAAAAACGGGCAGCCAGCCCAGCAGUGACCAUGUGGCAAGCUCCCCCAAAGAUGGGUUUUCGCAAGAAAAUGUGGAGUCUUUGGAGAAGUUACCUGAAACUGACCAUCGUCUUUUGGGCACGAAUUGCCACUUAGACCACGAAGAAAGCGGCUCCCGACCUCGAGUUUUGCUGCAGUCUACUCAUCUCUCAUCCCCAAACGCAAAGCGUUUUAAAAAAGAAGGGGUUCCUUUAAAUCCCGAUGUCCUUCCAGAGUCCAUGAAAACUCAGAACGCUUCAGCGUGCGAGGUGGAUGUAGCUGUUGAAAUUAACAAGAAAAUAGUGCCCCUUGACUUUUCUAUGAGCUCUUUAGCCAAACGAAUAAAGCAGUUAUGUCAGCAAGAACAGCAACAAGAAGGUGGACAAAAUUAUAGGAAGUUUCGGGCAAAGAUUUGCCCUGGAGAAAAUCAAGCAGCAGAAGAUGAACUAAGAAAAGAGAUAAGCAAAACGAUGUUUGCAGAAAUGGAAAUCAUUGGUCAGUUUAACUUGGGAUUUAUCAUCACCAAACUGAAUGCAGAUAUCUUCAUAGUGGACCAGCAUGCCACGGAUGAGAAAUACAACUUCGAGAUGCUUCAGCAGCACACUGUUCUCCAGGGUCAAAGGCUUAUAGCACCUCAGACUCUCAAUUUAACGGCUGUCAAUGAAGCAAUUCUAAUAGAAAAUCUGGAAAUAUUCAGAAAGAAUGGCUUUGACUUUGUUAUCGAUGAAGACGCGCCGGUCACUGAAAGAGCUAAAUUGAUUUCCUUGCCAACUAGUAAAAGCUGGACCUUUGGACCCCAGGACAUAGAUGAACUGAUCUUCAUGCUGAGCGACAGCCCCGGUGUCAUGUGCCGGCCUUCCCGGGUCAGGCAGAUGUUUGCCUCCAGGGCCUGUCGGAAGUCUGUGAUGAUUGGGACUGCUCUUAACACAAGUGAGAUGAAGAAACUCAUCACCCACAUGGGGGAGAUGGACCGUCCCUGGAACUGUCCCCACGGAAGGCCCACCAUGAGACACAUUGCCAAUCUGGACAUCAUUUCUCAAAACUGA